CAGCCCAGGAGAGUGGCGUUUCUUCGGGCCGGGGAGGUGGGGGCCGGAACUUCCUGCGUUUCAGCCCCGCAAGUUAUUUCCCUGGCGGGUCUGGGCGCCCUGGCCGUGGGCGCUUCCCAGGCGUCUUUCCUGGACCGAGUGGGGAAGGACAGCGAGGCCAGGACCCUCCUCCGCGCCUUCGAAUGAGCGGUGACAGCCGUGACGAGGAGUCCGCCAGGGCCCAGACCGGCCGCGCGCUCUCCGCGGGGCCAGAAGGGGAGCCCCGUGCCCCGUGAGCCUUUCACGCCGGGAGACGGAGGCUCGCAGUGUGACCCCAGCCCAGAUCACACCUAGCCCAGGGCAAGGCAAAGCGGGAGGUCGGCUGAGCCCGCGACCCCAGCCUCGGUCACCCACCUCGAUGGCGGCGGCGACUCUGAGCGACCCGGCGCAGGACUGUGUGACCUUUGAGGACGUGACCAUUUACUUCUCCCAGGAAGAGUGGGGACUCCUUGAUGAGGCUCAGAGACUCCUGUACUGUGACGUGAUGCUGGAGAACUUUGCACUGAUAGCCUCACUGGGACUUACAUCUUUCAGGUCCCACGUAGUUGCCCAGCUGGAGAUGGGGGCAGAGCCCUGGGUGCCUGACAGAGUGGACAUGACUUCAGCCAUGGCAAGAGGGGCAUAUAGAGGACCUGGCUCUGAUGUUGGCCGUGGAGCAGAGGGUGAGGGGUCACCUUCUGAGCAUACUGAUUCUGUAGGAGUGUCACAGCACAGGAAUUCAAAGGCAGCUCUAUCCACCCAGAAGGACUACUCUUGUGACAUGUGUGACCUACACUUGAAAGACAUUUUGCACCUGGCUGAACACCAGGCAACAUAUCCCAGUCAGAAACCAUACGUGUAUGAGGCAAGUGGGAGAGAGUUCGAGCUCAAUGCAGACUUUCACCAGCAAAAACUGCAGCAGAAGUCUAUCAGAAGGGAGGAGGGUAGGGCCUCGCUUGUGAAGAGCUGCAGAGAUGACACAUCUGAGAGACCUUUCACAUUCAGGGAGGGUGGGAAGGACUUUGUGGCCAGAUCUGGCUUUCUGCAGCAUCAGGUCGUCCACAGUGUGGAGGAGCCAAAGCAGGGCACCGAAGGUGUGGGGGAUUUUCACACCAUGCAAAGCCAUAACACCUACAGUGAACCUGGGGACGCUUUCAGUGACAAAGCCACACUUGCUCAGCACCAGAGAACCCACACUGGAGAAAGGCCUUAUGAGUGCAGCAAAUGUGGGAUAUUCUUUAGCCACACUGCUGGCCUUUUUCAACACCAGAGAGAUCACAAUAGAGGAAAGCCUUAUGAGUGCUGCGAAUGUGGGAAAUUCUUUAGCCAACACGCCAGUCUCAUUAAACAUCAGAGGGUUCACACUGGUGAAAGCCCUCAUGUGUGCAAUGAAUGUGGGAAAUUCUUUAGCCGAAGCUCCAACCUCAUUCAACAUAAGAGGGUUCACACUGGCGAAAAGCCUUAUAAGUGCAAUGAAUGUGGGAAAUUUUUUAGCCAACGUUCCAACCUCAUUCAUCAUAAGAGGGUUCACACUGGUAAAAGUGCUCAUGAGUGCAGUGAAUGUGGGAAAUCCUUCAGCUGCAACUCCAGCCUAAUUAAACAUUGGAGAGUUCACACUGGAGAAAGACCUUAUAAAUGCAAUGAAUGUGGGAAAUUCUUUAGCCACAUCGCCAGUCUCAUCCAACAUCAGAUAGUUCACACUGGUGAACGGCCUUAUGGGUGCAGCGAAUGUGGGAAAGCCUUCAGCCGAAGCUCCGACCUCAUGAAACAUCAGAGAGUCCACACUGGUGAACGACCUUAUCAGUGCCCUGAAUGUGGGAAAUCAUUUAGCCAAAGCUCCAGCCUCAACAGUCAUCGGAGACUUCACACUGGCGAACGGCCUUAUCAGUGCCCUGAAUGUGGGAAAUUCUUUAACCAAAGCUCUAGUCUCAAUAACCAUCGGAGACUUCACACCGGUGAGCGGCCUUAUGAAUGCCUCGAAUGUGGGAAAACCUUCAGACAAAGGUCUAAUCUGAGGCAGCAUCAGAAAAUUCAUGCUGGAGUGAAGCCCUAUGAAUGCAAUGAAUGUGGGAAAGCCUGUCGCUAUAUGGCAGACUUUAUUCGACAUAUGAGGUUUCACACUGGGGAACAACCAUACAAGUGUAUCGAGUGUGGGAAGGCCUUCAAACGCAGGUCUCACCUCACAGAGCACCAGCGUAUUCACACUGGAGAUAAGCCCUAUGAGUGCAAAGAAUGUGGUAAAGCUUUCACCCACCGCUCCACUUUCAUCCAGCAUAAUAUGACCCACACAGGAGAAAAACCCUUUCUGUGCAAAGAAUGUGGAAAAGCUUUUUGUCUCAACUCAUCCUUCACUCAACACAUGAGGAUUCACACUGGCGAGAAACCUUAUGAGUGCAGUGAAUGUGGAAAGGCCUUUACUUAUCGCUCUACUUUCAUCCGGCAUAAGAGGACCCAUACUGGAGAGAAGCCCUUUGAGUGCAAAGAAUGUGGCAAAGCCUUUUGUGACAGUUCUUCCUUAAUUCAACACAUGAGGAUUCACACUAGUGAGAGGCCCUAUGAGUGCAGGGAAUGUGGAAAGGCCUUUACACACCACUCUGUUUUUAUCCGACAUAAUAGAACCCACAGUGGAGAAAAGUCCUUGGAGUGUAAAGUAUGUGCAAAAGUCUUUUACUAUAGCUCUUCCUUUACUCGACACAUGAGGAUUCACACCGGAGAGAAGCCCUAUGUAUGCAGAGAAUGUGGAAAGGCCUUUUCCCAACCUGCAAAUUUUGUUCGGCAUAAUAGGAUCCACACUGGAGAAAAACCUUAUGAGUGCAAAGAAUGUGAAAAGGCCUUUUGUGACAACUUUGCUUUAACUCAGCACAUGAGAACUCACACUGGAGAGAAACCCUUUGAAUGUAGUGAAUGUGGAAAGGUCUUCAGCCACAGUUCCUCGUUUACUCACCAUCGAAAGAUUCAUACCAGAGUUUAAAAGGAAGUUUUUUGUAGGAAGGUUUUUGCAAGUGUGUUCACCUCAGUCGAUUUUAGUGAACUCAUACUGGUGAAAUACCUUUCCUUUUAAAUAUAACCAAUUAAAUAUACACAUUAACUAAAAUUCUACUUUUGAUGGAGCUGCAGGAUGUGUGAUGGGCCAGUGCACUGUGUGGAUAAACCUCUUGGAGCACCUGGCUCAGGUGAACAGAGACGGCACCACUGGGUCCCACAGGACAUUUACUGCAUAAGGCCAUCCUGCCAAAACUGGGAGAUGUAGCACAUCUACUUAAUACACAGAAACAAACCAAGGGAGACGGCCAAAAUGAGGAGACAAACAUGCAGUGUUUAGAAGGUUGAGAAAUUCUAACCAAAAUUUAAAACACUCAACUAGAACAUUUUUAGAAAACAGGAGAAAAUCUUUUGUGUUCCUGCUGAACUCUUCUCAUGGUUUCAUAGAAUCAUAAUUGAAUAAAAAUGUCCAUGGUGCCCUACCUGUGCCUCUGGCCCUGUUACCCCACUCCAUCAAUUAUCAAUUGCUGUUCUCUCUGGCCACACUAGCCUGGACCUGGUUCCAGCCAACCUCAGGGACAUAGAUGUGCAGUUCUCUUUUCUGGGACGGCCAGGCCCCACCUUUGAACCUCGGUAGGGCUCCUGCGUGUUCCCUAGGUCUGCAUAUCACCUAGCUUAUGUUCCUCAAAGGUAGACAGGACAGUGUUUUGGAAUAAAGAGUACUUUUAAUAAUUGUUGGUAGAGGUACCCUCAAUGGUCUAACUUUGGAUGUUAUAAAAAACACAUAAAGGGGGUAAGUCCUUUUUAUCCCUCAUAUCCCAAUCCCCCCACCUCAAAAUAGCCAGUUGUUAUAAGCGUGUCAGGGAAAUUGGAAAGAAGCCAUACACACAUUUCCAUUUCCUUUCUCUCCUACCUCUUCUUUUAAAAUACUCUUCAGAUGGAUUUAUAGUAUAAACAUGAGGAGAUUAUUUUAUACAGUUUUCCUAAAUGCAUGAUAACCACUGAGUCUCUCUCAUGGAAAAUUCUCAGGUGUAGUGGAAGGCUCUAGGCUGGGUCAAUUUCUAAUAUGACCGUUUAGAUAACAAGUGAUUAGCUGCCACAGAAAACUUUUACAGGCAUGACAAUUAUGUUUCUCUUCAGUAUGAAUUAUCAGAUACUGAGAAAGAUAUUUCUCUGGCCCAAAGAUUAUCCUGAAUAGUUAACCUUCAGCUUUAUUUUCUAGGAAUUACUUUACAGGACUGUACUGAACAGCAUAGUGUGUAUGUUCACAGAACUAUGCCGUGUGUACUAUUUUAUUGUUUGAGUACUGUACGUAUGUACUGUUUGUACACGUGGAUGACAGAGAGUUAAAGCACUACAAUAACAAGAGUACAUUACACAAAAGACGUAAUUGAAAUAUUUUUGUUAUAAUGAAAUAUUGCAUAUAAUUUAUUUAUAAGAAACAUAUAUAAGGUGCGUUUAAACAGAAAAAAAACAUUCCAUAAAAGGUCAUGUACUGAUUAGUUGUGGUGACCAGAGACUCACAGGAACCUGAACCUGUAUUUCCCCUAUGUAGCAGUGGCUCAGUAUUUACUAAAUCAGCCUUUGGAUUAUUUUUUAAUUCCUUUUUAUGUCCUCUUAUUGAUUUAUUAGCUUUUUUAAGUUUAGUGAUUGAUUUAGAGUUUGUGGUAUACAUCAGAGGUUGGAAACUUUCUCUCUCAUUGGCCAAAUAGUAAAUAUUUUAGGCCAAGAGUCAAAAAUAAAGGAUGUUAUAGCAGCACACAUGUAACAAUUGAGAAACAAAUUUCUACACAUUUUUAAUUCUUAAAAUUCAAAAUAUAAUAAUGAUUGAGUGUAUAGUUUUGCAAUAUAGGUCUACCAGUACAAUGUAUAUUAUUAUUUUGGGGAGAGCUAACAUUUCACUUAAUGAGAUAAAAGUUAAUGUUUCUUAUCAAAAUAGAUGACAAAUGUUCAUGUGUUAAUGUAUAUCUGAAUUUAUUUCACCUAUUUCAUCUUUUUAAAAAAAUUAACAAUGAAUUUUAAUAAAAUGCAAUAUAGCACUCAUAAAAUGUUACUAUUUCAUCUUUUAAAGUGUCUCUACACAUGACAUCAGUACUGUCAAAUAUUGACAACAUUCCAUGACUAUACAAUUUCAAUAGACUAUAUUUAUCACUUGGGUGGUAUGUAUAGAAUUCCAUUAGAUUCUUCUCUUGAUAUUUGCCUUUUUUGCAUGUGAUUACAUUGCAGAUUAAUCACUUCCAAUUCAGGUUAUUUCCUAAAUGUGGAAAUUUCUCAGUGGCACAGUUAAAUGAAUUUAUACAUAAGGAAAUUUCCUUUGCAAAGUUACAUCAAGUCU